AUGAUAUCAACAAGUUAUGAUGAAAAUUUAAUCAAUGAAAGUACUUUGUGUGGUUGUGUUCCUAAUUCAAAUUACAUUAAAGAUGAUAACACCACUUUCAAUAUCAGUGAUUGUCGAUUUAACUCAUCAUACUUUGACUUGGACUUAACAAAACUAACGAAAGAUAAUAAUAAUAACACUGAAGUUAAUUUAUUAAUAAACAAGUGGUAUACCCCUCUUGUAUCUAAUUACCAGAAGUACAUAUUUAAGUCUUCAUUAAAUGAAAUAUAUUUUGAAAAACUGGAGCUUCAACAGAACAAAAGUUUAAUAUUUGAAGUUAACUGCAUAGUAAAUAAUUUAGUAAUCACAUCAACUGCAAAUUAUAUAUUUAAACAUUCUUUGACAAUCAAUAACAUCAUUAUGAACAACAAAAAUUACUCAGACUCAAUGCUUUUCAAAAUUCAGGGAUUGUUAAAUGACAACACUAAUACAUUGACUGUCUGUGGUCAUCGUGCAGUGAUGAAAAAUCACACAGAGACAAUCUGUAUGUGUAUGUAUGUAUACAACUAUUACUUAUAUCCAUCUCCACUUAAAGGUGUAGCGCCCCUUGAUUGUGUAAAUGACAAAUGCACACCUUCACUCAUACUCAGUAUUAAUAACAACAAUUACACGUUAAUGUCACAAACUUGGGAGAAAAUUAUAUUUUAUAUAGACAACGUGACACUUUUAACAUCAAAUCAAAAAUUUAUAUCAACAACAUACUGUGAUAUAAAUUCAAAAGUAAUUGUGAGUGGUGGAUUUUAUAUUGAAAAUGUCCACUUGUAUCAAAACGCCAAAAUUGUUGUAAAUAAUGAUGGGUGUUUGAGACUUUCUAAUAUCUAUUUUGAUGAUAUUUUUAGCAAUGGCAAUCAGACUGGUAUUAUAGAGAUAUAUGGCGAAAAUGGACAGAUUCAAUAA